UCCUACUUGGCUUCUUUUACAGCUUGGAACGAAGAAGCUCUGGACUCCGUGCCUAACUGCCACUAAGAAACGAAGCUCCAAAUUCAAAACUGGUGUUUGGGUUUUGGUGCACACUUCUUAUCCUCAUUGAGUAAUAUUGUUAUUCUCGAUGGGGAAAGGCGGGGGCUGUGUCCCAAGCAAGAAGAAGGUCCCCUCCAGCGCCGCCAAUCCCGACGCCUCCCACCCAAACGCCUCGCAAAACGCGCCGCCGAUCCCCACGGACGACAAUCCCAAUUCCAUGACUCCCAGCCGAAACGACGUCGUCUCCGCCGAAUCGCAUCCGAAUUUGCAUCCGGCCCCGAAAUUGAGGAUAUUCAUAGUGUUCUACUCGAUGUACGGACAUGUGGAGGAUUUGGCGAGGAGGAUGAAGAAGGGCGUUGACGGCGUGGAUGGCGUUGAGGGGUUGCUUUAUCGGGUGCCCGAGACGCUGCCGAGUGAGGUGCUGGAGGCUAUGAAGGCGCCGCCGAAGGACACCGAAAUUCCGGAGAUUUUGGCGGCGGAAUUGGCGGCGGCGGACGGGGUUUUGUUUGGUUUUCCGACGAGGUACGGGAGCAUGGCGGCGCAGAUGAAGGCUUUUUUCGACUCGACGGGGCAGUUGUGGCAGGAGCAGAGCCUCGCUGGGAAGCCUGCUGGGUUUUUUGUCAGUACUGGAACUCAAGGAGGCGGCCAAGAAACCACUGCUUGGACGGCAAUCACCCAAUUGGCACAUCAUGGAAUGCUGUUUGUUCCCAUUGGGUAUACUUUUGGAGCUGGCAUGUUUAAGAUGGACUCUGUACGAGGGGGUUCUCCAUAUGGUGCCGGUGUUUUUGCUGGUGAUGGCACAAGAGGGCCGAGUGAAACUGAGUUGGCGCUUGCAGAGCAUCAGGGGAAGUAUAUGGCAGCAGUAGUCAAGAAGCUUGCCCAAGCUUGAUGAUGAUGAUUUUCUGAUUUUAGCAUCUUUCUUUACAAUCAUUUUUCUCUUCUGUUUGUCGAUCAAAUAUUAUCCCCUCCUGUGAUUGGUGUUGGCAUUUUCUUGUUACCUAUGCCCAGUGUUAGUUCCUUCAUUUUUCUUCCCUUCCAGUUCUCAUCUGUUCAGAAAGUUGUAAAUGUUUUCAAUUUGUUAUGCCUGAUUUUGUCAAAUAAUUUGUGAAUCUGUGGGUGUCUUAUUUUGUGUUUCGUUUUGUAUACUUUAUACACUUAGGACUUGAUAUAUUAAUAAAAAAUUCAUUCUGUUUUAAUUUUGUUCA